UUGCGUGUGUGUGACACACACACACACACCCGAGGGUCUCCCUUUCCGCAGCUUCUGGGAUCUCCCUCGCCUCCUUCCAGGCGAGCAAGGCCUGUGCCAGGAACCCCGCCUCCUGCGCUCUGCCAAUAGGGGCGAAGCCUUGCCCUCUCGCCCCCCGAGGCAGGCAGGGAAGGAAGGAAGGAAGGCUGCUGCCAAGGAGGACUUUGCCCGCGGGUGAGGGUGGCGAAGGGAGAGGGGGCGCCGCGGGAGGGCUUGCCGGGGAAGGCGAAGUCGGCCGGCCUACUUGCUUGCCCGCCUGCUUGCGACGCCGCCUCCUGUUUUGCAAGCGCCGCGAGAAAGGGCGACUCGACAGUCAAGCUCGGCCGGAGGAGGAGGAGGAAGAAGAAGGCGGCGAGAGAACGAAGCGCAAGCCGGCUUGUGCGUCGCCGAGGGCUUUUUCCAGUGCUGGUCACUAAGGUCGCUCUGUCUUUGCCGCAGUGGGGGCCAUUGAAUGCCCCCGACCCAGCACCCCCCCCUUGAACCCAUUGGCCGCUUGUGGUGGUGUUAAUGACUGGGAAAAUUGAGAUUAUCAUCACCUGAUCCCUGUUGCUUAACCGCAGGAUUUGGGAACAAGGCUCUCAUCCUGAUGGCGCUCAGAGUACCUACCAGGAGGCUCCUGCAGUGCAGCCGUUGUAUGGUGGGCCCACAUGACAUCCGGGCACAGAGCACAAGGGCAGCUGCGCAAAAGGAAAAAGAAGCAGCACCUUCAGAGAAAGAAGCCAAAGUCCCAAGAGCCCGUUUUGACUGGCGAGAUGCUUUACAACUGGAGAGGCUCCUCACUCAGGAGGAAAUAAUGAUCCGGGAUUCAUUUCGUACCUAUUGCCAGGAAAAACUGAUGCCUAGGAUCCUCAUGGCCAAUCGAAAUGAAGUCUUUCACCGGGAAAUAGUGUCAGAAAUGGGGGCAUUGGGAGUCUUGGGCCCUACGAUCAAAGGUUAUGGCUGUGCAGGAACUACCUACGUGGCCUACGGACUCCUAGCAAGGGAGAUUGAGAAGGUGGACAGCAGCUAUCGUUCAGUCAUGAGUGUUCAGUCAUCUUUGGUAAUGCACCCGAUAUAUGCAUAUGGGACGGAGGAGCAGAAGCAGAAAUACCUGCCACGCCUGGCCAAAGGAGAGAUAAUUGGCUGUUUUGGGCUAACAGAGCCUAACCAUGGCAGUGAUCCUGGUAGCAUGGAAACUCGGGCCCACUACAGUCCCUCCAAAAAGACGUACACACUCAAUGGCACCAAAACCUGGAUCACCAAUUCUCCAGUGGCUGAUAUAUGUGUAGUGUGGGCUGUAUGUGAAGAUGGUAAAGUGCGUGGUUUCCUUUUGGAACGUGGAAUGAAAGGUCUCUCCACGCCGAAGAUUGAGGGGAAAUUUUCAUUGCGAGCUUCUAUCACUGGGAUGAUCGUAAUGGAGGACGUGGAGGUGCCUGAAGAGAACCUUCUGCCCAAAGUGUCUGGAUUGGCUGGUCCAUUUGGCUGCCUAAACAAUGCUCGCUAUGGCAUCUCAUGGGGAGCCCUGGGAGCUGCUGAAUUCUGUAUGGAGACAGCCAGGCAAUACACUCUGGAUAGGACCCAGUUCAAAGUCCCCUUGGCAAGAAACCAGCUAAUCCAGAAGAAGCUGGCUGACAUGCUCACCGAGAUCACUAUUGGCUUACAAGCUUGUCUACAGCUGGGCCGCCUCAAAGAUGAAGAUAAGGCCACCCCUGAGAUGAUCUCCAUGCUAAAACGGAAUUCCUGUGGGAAAGCCCUAGAGAUUGCCCGGCAAGCCCGUGACAUGCUGGGGGGCAAUGGAAUUGCCGAUGAGUACCAUGUUAUCAGGCAUGUCAUGAACCUGGAGGCUGUCAACACGUAUGAAGGAACCCACGACAUUCACGCCCUCAUCUUAGGCAGAGCUAUUACCGGACUUCAAGCUUUCACUGUCGGCAACUGAAUACAUUUUUGCAAGGUUCAUCUUCAUGCUAAUGGCUCCAUCAUGGGAACAUCCAUGGAAAUGGUCUAAGAUGUUGCAAUGGUUUUAAAAGCUGAGCAGGACUGCCAGGGCUGUUGCUGAUCAGAAUCUGAUCAAAUUUAUUUCUAAAGCUCAGCUCAAAUAUUUGUAGCUAAUCUGAAACAAUACCAAAGUCAGGUAUUUACAGAUUCUCAGUUCUUAAAAGAGACAGCAGAAAGAGAAAGCGUUAUAAUGUUGCCCUGUGGCAAAGGGAGACACCAUUAUGGCUGUUGACUGUGUUUGUUGUGUGUGUGGUAAGUAGGUAGCAGACAAGGGCGCAGGAGCAGGGGAUGGCAAAUGGUGGAGGAAAAUUCAAAGUUCAGGAGUUGCCAAAUCAUACACGAGACAAGCUGUUUUAGGGUAGAAGUACUGGGAGUUGAUCUCUCCCAGUCAAAUUUUAGGACAACCUUUUUGCAGCUGCAAGAUCCAACUACUUGGGCAACAAUUUUGGCUGUUGUGGGGCCCACAACAUUGUUAUGUGAAUAAUUUGUCCUUCAGGAAGUUUUGAAAAAGAAAGGGCUUGUAUUGGAGCCCUGCAGUAUUGCCAAGCAUUAAAAGCAGGAAAUCAAAACAUACUGCCCUGUCAACCAUCUUCCUGCCGUGUGACCUUGAAGAAGCUGCUGUCUUUUAGUGCCUUGUCUAAAUUGUACAAAUCUUAUUGAAUAUUUGGGAAUGUAUUUUGAUGAAGUGGUAAAUUUGUCACGGAUAAA